AAGUUCUAAAACCCUUUGCAAAAUAAAAAAGUCUUAGCCGUCGUAUUUCUUCUUCGGCUUUCUAGAUUCCGACAACAUCCAUAAUCUGAUGAUGGCGAUGUAUUCCGCUUCACGCCUCGCGAGGAGGUUCUGUGCAACCCUCGCAUCCGCUCCGGCGGCGAUUGUCGGCGAGGCUGCUGCUGCUGUUUCUACUCGGAAGGCGGCGAAGAAGCAUCGCUCGGUAUACAAGAAACUCUCAAACCUAGGCUCGAGGGGAGGAAAAAUGGAAGAAACGCUGAAUAAGCUCACCAUGGAAGGUAUCCCUAUCAUAAAACACGACCUUGUUCGCUACGCCAAGGAUCUCCGCAAGAAUCGUCUGCCUCAACGUGCUCUCGAGGUCUUUGAGUGGAUGGAGAAAAAGGAAAUCGCUUUCACCGGCAGCGACCACGCGAUUCGCUUAGAUCUUAUCGCAAAGACCAAAGGCUUAGAAGCAGCUGAAAGCUACUUCAACACUCUAGACCCGUCUUCCAAGAACCGUUCGAGCUACGGCUCCCUCCUGAACUGCUACUGCGUGGAACGCAAUGAAGACAAAGCAAAGUCACAUUUUAACGAAAUGGUUGAUCUCAAUCUCGUUACCAACUCUUUACCCUUUAACAACCUCAUGGCCAUGUACUUGCGGCUAGGUCAGUACGACAAGGUACCAUCACUGGUUCUUGAAAUGAAGGAGAAGAAUAUUCCCCCUUGUGCUAUUACGUACUCCAUGUGGAUACAAAGCUGUGGAAGCUUAAACGACUUGGACGGUGUGGAGAAAGUUGUAGAGGAGAUGAAAGAUGAUUCCUCGUGGGAUACAUUCGCUAAUCUAGCAUCGAUCUAUGCUAAAGCUGGUCUCUACAGUAAAGCAGAAGCAGCGUUGAAGUCUUUGGAGGAGAAGAUGAAUCCUCACAAGCGUGACUCGUAUCAUUUCCUCAUUAGUUUGUACGCUGGAAUCUCUAAUCCUUCCGAGGUUUAUCGAGUUUGGGAGUUGCUUAAGAAGGCUCACCCUAACGUCAACAACUCGAGUUCUCUUGCGAUGAUCCAAGCGCUGAGUAGACUCAAUGACUUUGAUGGAAUCAAGAAGGUAUUUAAAGAGUGGGAAUCGACUUGCUGGACUUACGAUAUGAGGGUGGCUAAUGUGAUGAUUAGCAGCUACUUGAAAGAGAACAUGUACGAAGAAGCUGAGGCUGUUUUCGACGGUGCUGUGAAGAAGUGUAAAGGUCAGCUUUCGAAGGCGAGGCAGCUUUUGAUGAUGUACCUGUUGAAGAAUGAUCAGGCGGAUUUGGCUUUGAAGCAUUUGGAAGCGGCUGUUUUGGAUCAAGACAAGAACUGGAGUUGGAGCUCGGAGCUGAUCUGUUCGUUCUUUCUCCACUUUGAGAAGUCCAAAGACGUUGAUGGAGCGGAAGAGUUGUGCAAAACAUUGGCGAAGUGGAGUCCUUUAGGUUCUGAAAGUUAUACUCUUCUUUUAAAGACUUACGUAGCUGCAGAGAGAGCUUGUAACGGUAUGCAAAAGAGGUUGGAGGAAGAAGGGAUCGAAAUAGACGAUGAGAUGGAAGGUUUGCUUAGCAAGAUUUGCACUUGAUUCAUCCUAAAAAUAAGCAUCACUCUCUCUACUGAUUAAUCAACUAGUAAACGUUUGACAUUACGUUUAUAAAACGAACUAUUCUGUUUCAGUACUUCUGGUGUUUCAAGAUUUUGCUAUUCAACAUAAACGUUUGUGUCGCGUUUCUAGUAGUUAGGAAAUGAAUCUGUUCGUGUUUGAAAUUUAAGUUGUUGGAAAUAUAUAUUGCAGUACAUUAUCAA